AUGCCUUCUCGCUGCGUCGUAUACGGCUGUUCCAACCUCCCAGACCCCGAGAAAGGUAUUAGUCUUCAUAAGAUACCGUUCUAUAACGAUUCAAGACCGGAGGCUAUAAAAAGACGAAAGGUCUGGGUAGAUUUUGUGAAGAGCAAACGUGCGAAGUGGGAGCCAGGCAGUGGAAGCCAUGUAUGCUCUAAGCAUUUUAAAGCGGACGCUUUUGACAAAAUAUUGAAUUUGCCCGGACAAGCGAAUACGUUUCGACAAAAGCUAAGAAAGGAUGACCUAGGAAUUGUAUCGUUUCCAUCUAUAUUUCGUACGGAUGCGACGGAAAAACAAGUUUCAGGCAGAGCAGCCAGAGCAAUCAAACGCAAGGUGAGUAAAUAAUAGACCCAUUUAUCAAUGAACUCUUUGUUUAUAUUUUUACUUCACGCCCUUCAAUAACUUAUUCUCUUAUAAUAUUUUCAGUAUGCAUCUGGGAAUGAACCAAUCAGCCCUCAAGAACCAGGAUGUUCAUCGGAUUAUGUUGAACCUGAAGCAGAAAUGGACUUAGCUAUAGAAAUACCGAAUAUCAAUAUCGAGCGUUAUGUAAGUAGCAAAUUAGCAUUAUUUCGCGUCGUGGUCACUUCAAUAUGUAUAUUCACGUUGAAGACUACAAUAUUUGACUAUUUAUAAUAAAAGUGCACUGUUUUAAACUAAGGUGUUACAAAAUAUUUUAUCUGUAUAUUUCUAAUUUUUUAAAACUAUAUUAGGAUAUAGAGCAGCCGGAUCGAGAGAAAUUCACACAAACAGACAUUCCAAUGGCUGGUACGGAUUGCAAUUACUGUCUGGAAUUACAAGAGAGGAACCGAAUUCUUCGCAAUCAAGUCAUAGACUUAAAACAAAGACUAGCUAAAGAGAAGUCCAUUGUGAAAGAUUUACAAUCCAGUAAGUAGUGUUAUUUUGUGUAUACUGUGAAAAUUUAUACCAUAUUUUAUAUGACCGACCUCAGUUGUAAAAUUAUUUCAGAGCUGUUGAGCAAGUAUUUGCAAUACGAAUACACAUUUAAUAGGAAGUAUAUUAUCGCACUAUUUCUGUAAUAGCUAGUUGUUGAACUAUUACAAACAAGGACAGAGAUUAGUUAGCUUAUUAUCAAAUUGAAAACAUAAGCCUCAGUUGCCCAAUAUAAGCAUAUUUUUAUGGGUAUCAUAUGAUUUCAUGAUUUUAUAUAUAAUUUUAUCUUGUAUUUUUCAAUCAGACCUUCAAAUUCCUGUGGAAACUGUGCCAUCUAGUGACACCGAAGCAGCCAUAUCAUCCGAAGAUAUUAGCAGUAUGGCUAGUGAACAAAGUGAAGAAGGUGGUGUGUCAACUGAUCCAAACACUGAAUCAGAUGAUGCAAUUCAAUGGGAUGAUUUAACAGAGACAGAGGACUCAGAUGAAAGUGAUAAUGAUGAACAAAGGAG